AUGUCCAGCAAAAAAGUGGGUAUUCUUGGUGCUACUGGAACAGUCGGUCAGCGUUUUAUUCUUUUAUUAGCAGAACAUCCCAUUUUUACUAUUCAUGCGUUAGGGGCUUCUGCUCGAUCUGCAGGCAAACCUUAUAAAGAUGCUGUGCGCUGGAAACAGUCAUGUCCUAUUCCAGACCACGUAGCCAACAUGGUCGUCCAACCAUGUGAAGCGGAAUUGUUCAAGGAUUGUGAUAUUGUAUUUUCAGGAUUGGAUGCCGAUGUCGCUGGUGAUAUUGAAAUGGCCAUGUUGAAACAAGACAUAGCUGUAUUUUCCAAUGCUAAAAAUUAUCGUCGAGACCCAGCCGUCCCUCUCAUCGUUCCCACCGUCAACGCCAACCAUUUCGAUAUCAUUCCUCAUCAACGCCAGCUUUACAACCUCAAAAAGGGCUUCAUCAUCACCAAUGCCAAUUGUUCUACCACCGGUUUAGUCGUUCCUCUCAAGGCCCUUCAGGACGCCUUUGGUCCUUUAUCCCACAUCAUCGUCCACACUCAACAAGCCAUCAGUGGCGCCGGUUAUCCCGGCGUGCCAAGUCUCGAUAUCCUCGAUAACGUCGUGCCUUAUAUCGGCGGCGAAGAAGAAAAAAUGGAGUGGGAAGUCGGUAAGAUCUUGGGCGAUCUGUCCGACGACAAGACCGCCUUUGUCCAUUUGUCUGAAGACAAAAACGCCACCACUGUUUCUGCUACUUGCACCCGAGUACCUGUCUUGGACGGUCAUCUCGAAAGCGUCUCUGUCAAGUUUGCUCAUGCCUCUCCCUCCAUAGAGGAAGUCUACCAAGUAUUGGAAAACUACCAGUCGGAAGCAGAAACAUUGGGAUGCCAUCUGGCGCCAAAGAAGCCUAUUGUCGUCAACUAUGAUGCGGAUAGACCUCAACCCCGUUUGGACCGUGAAAACUUAAAGGGUCAGACUGUGACCGUCGGAAGAGUGAGAAAGUGUCCUGUUUUGGAUGUCAAGUUUAUGUUGCUAGUGCAUAAUACUCUCUUGGGCGCCGCGGGUUCUUCAGUAUUGAAUGCAGAAAUUGCUGUUGCCAAAGGACUGAUCUAA